AUGGCUGGCACUCCAGCAUCGGCUCCUUUUGUUACAUAUGGCAAUCAAUUAAGCCGAAACAUCCGUCUGUGCCUCGAAAAGCUGGAAACUAUCUACGUUGACGGAUGGGAUAAAGAGCGCAUUACCAACUUCGAGGUCUUCGGGGACGACCAGCCGUGUGAAUUCCGUAUCACCACGAACAAGAAGUGCCGGUCUUCCGGUAACAAGGAUGGCUUCCAUUCUCAGGAGCUUGAGGCGGAGGACGACAAUGGGCUCAGCCUGGCACUGCGCGGCAUCUUUGUGAGUCGGUUAGACUCGACUUUGGCCACGAUAGGUGCCGUUGGUACGAUCACAAGUCUGAGCGCUCCCGCCUGUCGAGUCCUAAAGCGAGCAGCUCUGAGCCACAGAGCAGCCUGGGGCGGAACAUUCCCAAGAUCCGGCUCCUUGUCUCUUCUUCCCCAGGGGGUCUUCUGGUUCCUCCACCUUCUCCGCCCCAAAGAAAAAGGAAGCUUGGCCUCAAUCAUUCACCGCAACUCCCUCGCCCAACAGGAGUUCCCAUACACCCCCUAG